AUGACCUGCCGCCUCUUCAACGCCAUUGCCGACAUGGGCAUGGUGUGGCGAGAGAGAGUGCAUGGGGUGUGCUGGCAGGAGAUGGCCAAGUGGGGACAGUACCUGCCCGAUGGGUCUCAAAUGGGGUGGAAGAACGUGUGCAAGUCCUACAUGCGCCUUCACUGGGCCGAGCUCAACGUGGCCAAGUUCAAGUACAACCUCAUCCCUGGUCAAAAACACUGA